GACCUUGUUUUGGGUGUUUCCACUAGUUACCACAGCCACACAUUGGUUAUAUCGUAACAAUUCAUGAAAACAAACAUUUGCUUUGUGGUCUUAAUUUAUGGUUAGGCAUAAGAUUAACAGUGUGGUUAAUAUUAGGGUUAAAGUUAAGUUUAAAUCACAUUUUAAGAAGAAUAAAUUUUACAAAUAUGCGGGGUUUAGCACUUUGUGGCUGUGGUAACUAGUAACGACAGUUUUGUUUUUGUCAGCGCGAGUUUGCCAACAUUUCGCAUUUAAUCCCCUAGCUAGCUAACUAAUAUUAUUCAAUCAUGGGGAAGUCUUUUGCUAAUUUUAUGUGCAAGAAAGAUUUUCACCCUGCAUCUAAGUCAAAUAUAAAAAAGGUAUGGAUAGCAGAGCAGAAAUUAACAUUCGAGAAGAAGAAGCAGGAGGACCUCAUGAAUUCUUACCUAAAAGAACAAGACACCUACAACAACAGACUGUUGAUGGGAGAUGAUCGUGUGAAAAAUGGUCUCAACUUCAUGUAUGAAGCUCCACCUGGGGCAGACAAAGAAGAGACCAAAGAGGAAGGUGAAUCAGAAUACAAGUUUGAGUGGCAAAAGACGGCCCCUCGAGAGAAGUAUGCCAAGGAUGACAUGGCUAUUAGGGAUCAACCAUUUGGAAUUCAGGUUCGCAACGUGAGAUGCAUCAAGUGUCACAAAUGGGGCCAUGUGAAUACAGACAGAGAGUGCCCUCUCUUCGGCCUGUCUGGGAUCAAUGCCAGCGCUGCGCCCACAGAGGAAGCAGGUCCGUCGAUGCACCCCUCUGAGUUAAUGGCAGAGAUGCGGAACAGUGGAUUUGCCCUGAAGAAAUGUGUCCUUGGGAGAAAUUCUACUGUUUGUGAUCCAUCGCAGGAGUAUGUCGCCAGUGAAGAAGAGGAGGAUCCUGAGGUUGAAUUCCUGAAGUCGUUGACUACUAAACAGAAAGAGAAGCUCCUCAGGAAACUGGAUCGUCUAGAAAAGAAGGAGAAGAAGAAAGACAAGAAGGGCAAAAAGCAGCAGAAGAAGAAGAGUAAAGGAAGGCAGAAGAAGCGUGACAGCUCCAGUGAAAGCAGCAGCAGCAGUGAUGGUGACAGUGACUCAGACUCUGACAGCAACUCUAAGAGCCAGAAGAAGAAGAAGGGCAAGAGAAAGGACUCGUGUUGUGAUAACACGAAGAGUGAGGGACUAGUCAACAGUAAGACCAAGGCCGCCUCUCACAGGAGCAGGUCACGGAGCCCAACCUCCAGACAGAAACGGCACAAAGACGAUACCAGAGAGAAGAAACAAACAAGGCCUGAGCCAGGCAGGAGCGAGGGCAGAAAGUACAGUCCAGAGAGAAAGAUGAGGGUGGAAGAACGUCAGGAGAGACACAGACACGACAGCAGGGAGAGGCAGAGAACCAGCAGCAGCUCCCAGCCUGGCCCAGAAAGAAGCAGGAGCAGUGAGAGAGACAGGGAGGGAGGUAAAGACCAGGUUCACAGUAAGGAUGAGGGGAAAAGUAGACGAGAAAGGAAUAGGAGCAGAAGCAGAGAUGGAGUGAAGGAUAAAGCAGCAAAAGAGCGGAGCAGAAGCCACGAGCGCGGUAGAGAGAGGGGAGGUAAAGGGAGGAGCAGGAGCACAGGAAGAGAGAGGAAUACAAGCAGCAGCGGGGCAAAGGAUAAAGCAGCAGCAAAGGAGAGGAGUAGGAGCCGAGAUCGGGGGAGAGAGAGGGGGGGCAAAGGGAGGAGUAGAAGCAGGAGUACAGGCAGAGGGAGGGAGAAAAGAGCCAGAAGCCGAGAUAGAGCUGAGAGAAAGCGCUAAACUGUGAGAGUAGAUCAAUCUUACAAAGUGGGCCAGUAAUGACAUACCUUUUUAUUUUGCUGGCCUAAACAAAGUGAAUAUUUUUCGACACGAACGUGUAAUGUUUUCAAUGUUUUAUGAUGCUACUGUAAAAUAUCUUUUUUUUUUUCUUUGUGUGCUCACUUUAUUAAACAACACAUAGAAACCAAA